AUGACCACGACCACAGACACGACGAUGAGCACAUCGGAGCGUGGCAAGCGCCAUAAGCAGCGCAAAGUUCUGCUCAUGGGCCGAUCUGGAGCUGGCAAGUCGUCAAUGCGCUCGAUCAUUUUCAACAAUUACGUCGCAAAAGAUGUGCGCAGAUUGGGCGCCACGGUUGACGUCGAGCACGCGAACAUCAAGUUCAUGGGGAAUCUUAUGCUGAAUCUAUGGGACUGUGGAGGACAGGACUCUUUCGUGGAGUCCUAUCUAACAAACCAACGAUCACACGUGUUCUACUCGGUCGCUGUCCUGAUAUUCGUCUUUGACGUUUCCUCCAAAGAGAUUGCAUCGGACAUGCUGAGCUUUGCGUCCACAAUUCGCGCAUUGCAAGAAUUCAGUCCACAGAGCAAGAUCUUCGUGCUUAUUCACAAGAUGGAUCUCAUUCGUCCGGACCAAAAGAGCGCGGUCUAUCAACAGAGAAUGAAGGAGAUCCGUGCCACUUGUCAGGACGAGGGCUUCCAUGGUCAGCAGGUUGAUUUCUGCCCCAGUUCCAUCUGGGACCAGAGCUUGUAUCGGGCCUGGACUCAGGUGAUAUAUUUCCUGGUUCCAAACGCGACAGUUAUUGAAAGUAUGCUUUCAAAACUGGCCGAGAUUCUCGAUGCCCGUGAGAUGAUAUUGUACGAACGAACCACGUGCCUGGUUGUCACGCAUAUCACUCGCUCAAGCGAGGAGCGGAAUCCGUACACCGAUCGCUUCGAAAGAAUCAGCAGCAUCCUCAAGACCCACAAACAUUCCAUGUCCAAGCACACUGGGAUGAUGGCGUCGGAAGUGUCAUUUGCAGAGAUGCAGAUCAAGACUGGAGCAUUCAUGUUCUUCAUCACAMGGCUGACUGAAAACACAAAUCUAGCGAUCGUAAUGCCCAGUGAUGAGGCAUCUUUCAAUGCUGCGCGCGUGAACGUGCAGCUUGCAAGGAAAGAAUUCGCCCACCUGGAUAUCGUGGAACGAAAAGGAAAGGAGGCACAUCAUGUCAAUGCUGUUCGCGAGCAAGGAGCAACUGAUGAAGAUGGCAAAGGGAGCGAGGAUGAAAACCUUGCCCAGGCUGCGCAAGGACUGCYGAAAGAUGGGUGA